AUGGCAGAUACAAUUGAAGUGUCCUCUUCUACGGAGCGAAAUGAUGUCCCUCCUGGGACCUUUUUGUUGAUUCGGGAGGAUGAGUAUGGUCUCCACAACCAGCGGGUCGUGAUGCUGGAUCCAAUUCCUACCAGUGACCCCAACGAGCCAUUGAACUGGAGCACCGCGCGCAAAACCGUCAACUUCACCAUCGUCCUCGGCAUGACCGUCGUAAUUUUUACCGCACUCUCUGUGCAAGCUAUCUUCUGGCAGCAAAUGGUCGUCGAUCUCCACACUACCUAUACCGAGCUUAAUAGGGCGAUGUCCGUAAACUUUGUCGGCUUGGCCAUGGGAUGUUAUCUAUUUAUCCCCCUGGCGAAGAAAUACGGCCGUCGCCCCAUAUACAUUAUAUCAACCAUGCUCAUGGUAGCCACCUCUUUUUGGUCGGCUGAGCUGACGACCUUGACCGAUCUUUACGUCUCUAAUUUACUGCAAGGGUUGGCUGGUGCAACCAAUGAAGCAAUUGUUGAGAUCACAAUUGCAGAUCUCUUUUUUGUACACCAUCGAGGCCGAAUGAAUGGUCUGUAUAUGACCAUGGUGAUGAUUGGCUCUUUCCUGUCCCCCAUGGCUGCCGGCACUCAAGCAACCAACCAAGGAUGGCGUUGGUCCUACCGCACCAUGGGAAUUUUCAACGUAAUUUUUCUAAUUCUUUUCAUUUUCGUAUACGAAGAGACAAAAUAUGUCCCAGUGAUCACGGGCCAGCCGCAGUCUGGGCCAGAAACGAGCGACAACACUCACAAAUCCGAUGACAGUGAUCCAAAGGAGACAUCUCAAACUGAGACGAAGCCUACGCAAGACGUUGAGCCAAGCACGUUGCAUCACGAAAUAGACUCCACUAUUCCAAUGAAUACAUGGCGCAAACGGCUUGCUCUCGCCACUCCAACCCAGGAAUCGAUCUGGCCAUACUACUACCGACCUAUCUACGCGUUGUUUUGCUUCCCAGCUGUCAUGUAUACCGCCUUACAAUAUGCCGCCGGUGUCGCAUUCCUUACGAUAGUAUCUAGCGUUCUAUCACUCACAUUCCCACUCCCGCCAUACUUGUUCACCUCCGAGCAAAUUGGCUUUAUGAGUGUUGGUCCAUUCAUUGGGAAUCUUAUCGGUUCGAUCUACGGUGGUGUUUUGGGUGAUUGGUCGAUUCUGUACUUUUCUCGCAGAAACAAGGGCUAUUUUGAGCCAGAGAUGCGUCUGUAUAUUCUGCCUAUACCUGCUGUGUUCAUGACAGGUGGUUUGAUCAUGUUUGGCGCUACCAUUGCUAGGGGAAUGCAUUGGAUUUAUCCUAGUAUCGCUGGAGUUUUCUUUGGCUUUGGACUGGGCGGUAUUAGUGAUGCUGCCUUAACAUUGGUUAUCGAUAGUUAUCGUGAGAUCACUGGUGAUGCUUUUACUGGAAUUGCGUUUGUGCGCAAUGUAGUUAGUAUCGGCAUCCCGUUUGCUAUUUCCCCUUGGAUUACGGAGGACGGGAUCCAGAAUAUGUUUAUCGCUUGCGGGUUUAUCUCUCUUGCAGUUUCCGCCCUGAUGAUUCCGAUGAUAUUCUGGGGCAAGGAUGCUCGACGUGCGUCAGCUGCACGGUACUACCGAGUGAUGGAAAAGCAGGGAAGCGUUAGGCAUUGA